CUCCUCCCUCCUCUCCCUCCCGGCCCCGCGCUGACAGGGGGGCCUGGCCGCGCCGCCGGAUUCUGACACUUCAUGACAUGUCAUUAUCUAGAGCAAUAAUGAACAUUGACCUGUUUCGGAUUAGUUGAUGACCUUUGGCAAUGAUCCGAUAAUAUCCACUACACAGAAGCUGAAUAAACUUCAUUUGGAGUGAAUAGCCCAGAUUGUCACUGGAUUUUUCAAGAUGACAGAUCCAAUGAUGGACUUUUUUGAUGAUGCCAAUCUUUUUGGUGAGACCUUAGAAGGUUUGUCAGAUGAUGCAUUUGUACAGCCAGGACCUGUUUCACUAGUUGAUGAAUUGAACUUGGGUGCAGAAUUUGAACCUUUGCACAUAGACUCACUGAACCAUGUUCAAGGUACUCCAACACAUCAGAAGAUAACUGAUUAUGAGCAGUUAAAUCAGUUUGAUUCAAUGAAAUUUCACCAAGUCAAUCAGCCUUUUGGUAGCCCAGCUGAACACGUGUUAUCUCCACACUCUCAGUUUAAUUGUUCUCCGAUCCACCCCCAAAACCAGCCCAAUGGUUUGUUUCCAGAUGUAGCAGAUGGCAGUCCAAUGUGGGGCCAUCAGACAGCUACCAGCAUUUCCAAUCAAAAUGGGUCUCCUUUUCACCAACAAGGACAUUCUCACUCUAUGCAUCAAAAUAAAAGCUUUGUGGUACACCAUGACUUUGCCUUAUUUCAGGCCAGUGAACAACAAACACAGUGCACUUCACUACGCUCACAACAAAACAGAAAUAAUCUUAACCCAGGUCAGAAUUCCCUCAGCCAGUCUAAAAAUUUUAUGGAUGUUAAUGUUUCUGGUCCACACAGAGUCAGUGUUAACCACCCAUCACAAAUCCCUAAUGCAUCUACGUCGCAACAGCCUCUUUCAAUGCAGCAAUUUUCCCAAACGUCAAAUCCUUCAGUUCACUUCCUCAAGUGUAGCAAUCAUCAAGAAGGGAAUUUCAAUGGACCUUCUCCAAAUAUGACUUCUUGUUCUGUCAGUAAUUCACAGCAGUUUUCAUCACAUUAUUCCUUUUCCAGUAAUCACAUCUCACCAAACAGUCUUCUGCAGGCCUCUGCAGUGCUUGCACCUAAUCAUACAAAUCAGACUUUAUCUGAUUUUACCGGAAGUAACUCCUUUUCACCUCAUAGGGGAAUCAAGCAAGAAUCCACUCAGCAUAUGCUAAAUCCCAAUACAUCGUUGAAUUCAAAUAAUUUCCAAAUGUUGCAUUCAUCACAUCCUCAGGGUAAUUAUAGCAAUUCAAAAUUAUCUCCUGUACACAUGAACUUCCCAGAUCCUGUUGACUCAGGAACUCAAAUGGGCCAUUUCAAUGAUCACGUAGAAACUAAUGGCUUUUCAUCUUUAGAAGAGAAUUUACUUCAUCAAGUGGAGUCUCAGACUGAGCCAUUCACAGGACUUGACCCAGAAGACCUCCUCCAGGAGGGUCUCCUUCCCCAAUUUGAUGAGGCAGCAUUUGGACAAGAUCAUUCAAGUCAUGUUUUAGAUCAUGACCUUGAACGGCAGUUUACUUCACAUCUUGUAACCCGGCCUUCGGAUAUGGCUCCAACACAGAUGCAUAGUCAGGCUCGGAGUUGGCACUCUUCACUUUCCAAUCAUCAGCAUUUACAUGACAGAAAUCGCCUAUAUUUACAGCGACAGCCUCCAUCUUCCAAGAAGAGUGAUGGUUCUGGGACAUAUACUAAGUUGCAGAAUACCCAGGUGAGGAUCAUGUCUGAGAAGAAGCAGAGAAAAAAAGUGGAAUCAGAAAGCAAGCAAGAAAAGGCUAAUCGGAUAAUAUCAGAGGCCAUAGCAAAAGCAAAGGAACGUGGGGAACGCAAUAUUCCACGAGUAAUGAGUCCUGAAAACUUCCCUAGUGCUUCAGUUGAAGGAAAAGAGGAAAAGAAAGGUAGACGGAUGAAAUCCAAGCCAAAGGACAAAGAGAGCAAAAAAACAAAAACUUGUUCUAAGUUAAAAGAGAAGACAAAAAUUGGCAAACUCAUUAUUACAUUGGGUAAGAAACAAAAAAGAAAGAAUGAGUCUUCAGAUGAGCUAUCUGAUACAGAGCAGAUGCCACAACAUACAUGCAAAGAGGAAGACUCUCAAAAAAGAAGAUCAAAUCGUCAAAUUAAAAGAAAAAAAUAUGCAGAAGAUGCAGAAGGGAAACAAUCUGAAGAAGAGGUUAAAGGUUCUAUGAAAAUAAAAAAGAAUUCAGCUCCUUUACCUGGUGAACAGCCUUUACAAUUAUUUGUGGAGAAUCCAAGUGAAGAAGAUGCUGCAAUUGUAGACAAAAUACUAUCUUCUAGAACUGUAAAAAAGGAGGUAUCACCUGGAGUGAUGAUUGAUACAGAAGAAUUUUUUGUAAAAUACAAGAAUUACUCCUAUCUUCACUGUGAGUGGGCCACAGAACAGCAGCUUUUGAAAGAUAAAAGGAUCCAGCAGAAAAUCAAACGAUUCAAAUUGAGACAAGCACAAAGAGCACAUUUUUUUGCAGAUGUAAGAAAAAGAGAUCGUCCUCCCGCUAAUAUUUGGAAAAAAAUUGAUCAAUCCAGGGACUAUAAAAAUGGCAAUCAACUCAGGGAAUAUCAACUGGAAGGACUCAAUUGGCUCUUAUUCAAUUGGUACAAUAGACGAAACUGCAUUUUAGCAGAUGAAAUGGGUCUUGGCAAAACCAUUCAAUCAAUUACAUUCCUCUACGAAAUCCUUCUGACUGGUAUAAGAGGACCUUUCCUGAUUAUUGCUCCACUUUCUACUAUUGCAAACUGGGAGAGAGAAUUUCGUACAUGGACUGAUAUUAAUGUUGUGGUUUAUCAUGGGAGCCUGAUUAGCAGACAGAUGAUACAGCAAUAUGAGAUGUACUUCAGGGACUCACAGGGGCGUAUCAUUCGAGGAGCUUACAGAUUCCAAGCCAUCAUCACCACUUUUGAAAUGAUUCUUGGUGGCUGUGGAGAGCUUAAUGCAAUUGAAUGGCGAUGUGUGAUUAUUGAUGAAGCACAUAGGUUAAAAAAUAAAAAUUGUAAACUUCUAGAAGGUCUGAAACUCAUGAAUCUGGAACACAAGGUGCUUCUGACUGGCACACCUCUCCAAAAUACAGUAGAAGAACUAUUCAGUCUUCUGCACUUUUUGGAACCUCUAAGGUUUCCUUCUGAAUCAACAUUUAUGCAAGAAUUUGGGGAUCUGAAAACAGAGGAACAGGUGCAGAAACUUCAGGCAAUUCUGAAGCCGAUGAUGUUGAGACGAUUGAAAGAAGAUGUGGAAAAGAAGCUGGCACCAAAGGAAGAAACCAUCAUUGAAGUGGAACUUACUAACAUUCAGAAGAAAUACUACCGGGCUAUUUUGGAGAAAAACUUCUCAUUUUUAUCCAAAGGAGCAGGGCAGACUAAUGUCCCUAACUUGGUCAAUACCAUGAUGGAGCUCAGGAAGUGCUGUAAUCAUCCAUAUCUUAUCAAAGGUGCUGAGGAGAAAAUACUUGGAGAAUUUAGAGAUACAUAUAAUCCAGCUGCUUCUGAUUUUCAUCUUCAAGCAAUGAUCCAGUCUGCUGGUAAAUUGGUCCUUAUUGAUAAAUUGCUUCCCAAAAUGAAAGCCGGAGGUCAUAAAGUGCUCAUCUUCUCUCAGAUGGUACGCUGCCUUGACAUCCUGGAAGAUUAUCUCAUUCAUAAAAGAUAUUUAUAUGAGCGAAUCGAUGGAAGAGUCAGAGGGAAUCUUCGACAAGCUGCUAUAGAUCGAUUUAGUAAACCUGAUUCAGAUCGAUUUGUUUUCCUUCUGUGUACCCGAGCUGGUGGGUUGGGCAUCAACCUAACUGCUGCUGAUACAUGUAUAAUUUUUGAUUCUGAUUGGAAUCCUCAGAAUGACCUGCAGGCCCAAGCUCGUUGCCACAGAAUCGGUCAGAAUAAAGCAGUUAAAGUCUACCGACUAGUAACUCGUAACUCAUAUGAGAGAGAGAUGUUUGACCGAGCCAGUCUGAAGCUGGGUCUAGAUAAGGCUGUGUUACAGAGCAUGAGCGGAAGAGAAAGUAAUGUUGGUGGUAUUCAACAGCUUUCCAAAAAAGAAAUAGAAGAUCUGCUUCGAAGAGGUGCAUAUGGUGCCAUUAUGGAGGAAGAAGAUGAAGGCUCUAAAUUCUGUGAGGAGGAUAUAGAUCAAAUUUUACUACGUCGGACAAAAACUAUUACAAUUGAGUCAGAAGGACGUGGGUCAACGUUUGCCAAGGGAAUCCAAGUAGGAGGUGCCCAGGAGAGUUGCCUAGGAUACAGAUACAGAUUUGAGAGUUCACAGAGAAUAAAUCAGAAGAAAGUAGUAUUGUGGAAACAAAAGGAAUACUGCAGAAGUAUAAGGCUGAAAACUACAACUGGUCACGAUUGGACUCUUAACUUCUUUCAUGAGAAAUCUUGCUUUCUUGGGAUUCCUUGGCUCUACCCAGGUUGUCAACACACUGUAAGCUGGGGCAGGGCAAAGGGACAACUCUUUCUUACUGAAGAAGGCCGAUUAACAAAUACAGAAGGAAACAGCUUGGUUAUUGACACUCCAAGAAUUAGGAAGCAAACAAGACCCUUUAGUGCCACAAAAGAUGAAUUGGCUGAAUUAUCUGAAGCCGAAAGUGAAGGAGAUGAAAAACCCAAACUCCGGAGACCCUGUGACCGUUCCAAUGGCUAUGGAAGAACUGAAUGCUUUAGAGUAGAGAAAAAUCUUCUAGUUUAUGGAUGGGGCCGAUGGAGAGAGAUUCUGUCUCAUGGCCGUUUUAAGAGACAGCUGAACGAGCAUGAUAUAGAAAUAAUUUGCCGAGCCCUCUUAGCAUAUUGCCUUGUUCACUACCGAGGAGAUGAGAAAAUUAAAGGCUUCAUAUGGGAUCUCAUUACUCCAACUGAAGAUGGGCAGACACGAGAACUACAGAAUCAUCUGGGCCUAUCAGCCCCUGUACCCAGGGGUCGGAAAGGGAAGAAAGUAAAGACUCAAACAAGCUCAUUUGAUAUACAGAAAGCAGAAUGGCUUCGAAAAUAUAAUCCUGAGCAGCUACUUCAAGAUGAAGGAUACAAAAAACAUAUAAAACACCACUGUAAUAAGGUUUUGCUUCGUGUAAGAAUGCUGUAUUAUCUAAAGCAAGAAGUCAUUGGAAACGAGUGUCAGAAAGUAUUUGAUGGAGUUGAUGCAAGUGACAUUGAUGUUUGGGUCCCAGAACCAGACCACUCAGAAGUUCCUGCUGAAUGGUGGGAUUUUGAUGCUGAUAAGUCACUUCUUAUUGGAGUUUUUAAACAUGGUUAUGAAAAAUAUAACACUAUCCGAGCAGACCCAGCAUUAUGCUUCUUGGAAAGAGUGGGAAAACCUGAUGAGAAAGCAGUCGCUGCAGAACAGAGGGCAAAUGAUUAUAUGGAUGGGGAUGUGGAAGAUCCAGAAUACAAACCUGCCCCAGCUAUCUUUAAAGAUGAUAUAGAGGAUGAUGUUUCUUCACCAGGAGAUCUUGUUAUAGCAGAUGGAGAUGGUCAACUGAUGGAAGGUGAUAAAAUUUAUUGGCCAACUCAAUCAGCUUUAACUACACGUUUGAGGCGUCUUAUCACUGCAUAUCAGCGUACUAAUAAAAACAGACAAAUCCAGCAGAUACAGCCUACUUUCUCAGUGCCUGCCAGUGUAAUGCAGCCUCUUUACGAAGAAGCCACUCUCAAUCCUAAAAUGGCAGCCAAGAUAGAAAGACAGCAGAGAUGGACAAGAAGAGAAGAAGCUGACUUUUAUAGAGUGGUGUCUACAUUUGGAGUGGUAUUUGACCCUGAUAGAGGCCAAUUUGAUUGGACAAAAUUUAGAGCUAUGGCUAGGCUGCAUAAGAAAACUGAUGAUAGCUUGGAGAAGUAUUUGUACGCAUUCAUGUCUAUGUGUCGGAGGGUUUGUCGUCUUCCUUCCAAAGAAGAAUUGGUGGAUCCAAAUAUUUUUAUCCAGCCAAUCACAGAAGAACGUGCUUCUAGGACUUUGUACCGUAUUGAACUUCUAAGGAAAGUACGGGAACAGGCCCUCCGGCACCCACAAUUGUUUGAACGCUUGAAGCUUUGCCAUCCAAAUCCAGACUUACCAGUCUGGUGGGAAUGUGGCCCUCAUGAUAGGGACUUGCUCAUUGGAGCUGCUAAACAUGGGGUGAGCCGAACAGACUAUCACAUUCUUCGUGAUCCUGAACUCUCCUUUAUGGCAGCUCAAAGGAGCUACAGUCAAAGUAAGAUGGCUCAUUCGAGGACUUCUACCCCACUUUUACAGCAAUAUCAAGUAGCACUUUCUGCUUCUCCUCUUACCUCUCUACCUAGGCUCCUAGAUGCUAAAGGUAUUAUUCUAGAGGAUAUGAAAGUUAAAAGUGAAAAUCUUAAAGAGGAGCCUCAGUCUUCUGAAGAAGAAUCUAUGUCUUCUGAGGAAACCAGGACACUAAUAAAGUCUGAGCCUGUAAGUCCAAAGAAUGGUGUUUUACCACAGGCCACUGGAGACCAGAAAUCUGGUGGAAAAGGUGAAACAGACAGACGCAUGGUUGCAGCCAGAACAGAACCCCUAACUCCAAACCCAGCUUCUAAGAAACAGCGAGUCCACAAAAGAGGAUCCGAAUCUAGUUCUGAGUCUGACUCUGAUUCUGAGAGAUCAUCCUGUUCUUCCAGAUCAUCUUCUUCCUCGUCUUCCUCCUCUUCUUGUUCCCACUCUCGAUCAGGCUCUAGUUCUUCUUCAUCCUCCUCUUGUUCUUCAGCAUCGUCUUCAUCCUCAUCCUCAUCCUCUUCCUCAUCAUCAUCCUCUUCAUCUUCAUCAGAAGAAAGUGACAGUGAAGAAGAAGAAGUCCAAAAGCGAGAAGGUACCCCUCACGUGAAAGCCUAUGAUGAAGAAAGUGUCGCGUCACUGAGCACUACCCAGGACGAGACCCAGGAUAGUUUCCAGAUGAACAAUGGGACGCCAGAGUCCUCUUACAUCUUACAAGGUGGAUACAUGCUAGCAGCUUCAUAUUGGCCAAAGGACCGCGUGAUGAUCAACCGGCUGGACAGUAUUUGUCAAACAGUGCUGAAAGGGAAGUGGCCUUCAGCUAGAAGAAGUUAUGAUGCCAACACAGUGGCUUCUUUCUAUACCACAAAACUGCUGGACAGUCCUGGUGCAGCUACAGAAUAUAGUGAACCCAGUGUACCCACUCCCCCAGGGGCCGGUGUUAAAGAAGAACACGAUCAGUCAACACAGAUGUCAAAGGUGAAGAAGCAUGUACGAGAAAAGGAGUUUACAGUGAAAAUCAAAGACGAAGGUGGUUUGAAGUUGACAUUUCAGAAGCAAGGGCUUGCUCAGAAAAGACCGUUCGACAGUGAAGACGGUGCUCUGGGGCAGCAGCAGUACCUGGCUCGGCUCCGGGAGCUGCAGAGCGCAUCAGAGACCAGCCUCGCCAGUUUCCCCAAAUCCAUGCCAGUGUCAGGUACUUCCAUUCAGUCAACUCUUGGUGCCAAUGGAGUUAGAUUAGACAACCAGCCUAUAGUCAAAAAAAGGCGGGGAAGGAGGAAGAAUGUAGAAGGUGUUGACAUCCUCUUUUUUAACAGAAAUAAACCACCUAACCAUGUUACUUUAGGCUUAACCACCUCACAGAUUUCUACAGGGAUAAAUCCAGCACUGUCCUAUACUCAACCUCAAGGAAUUCCUGAUACAGAAAGUCCAGUUCCAGUUAUUAACCUCAAAGAUGGGACAAGACUUGCAGGCGAUGAUGCGCCAAAGAGAAAGGAUUUGGAAAAAUGGCUUAAGGAGCACCCAGGUUAUGUGGAAGAUUUAGGAGCUUUUAUUCCUAGAAUGCAGCUCCAUGAAGGGAGGCCCAAACAAAAAAGGCAUCGUUGCAGAAACCCUAAUAAACUCGAUGUUAAUAGUCUUACUGGAGAAGAACGUGUUCAGCUAAUUAACAGAAGAAAUGCCAGGAAGGUUGGAGGUGCAUUUGCUCCCCCUUUGAAAGAUUUAUGUAGAUUCCUGAAAGAAAAUUCAGAAUAUGGAGUAGCUCCUGAAUGGGGAGAUGUUGUUAAGCAGUCUGGAUUUCUUCCAGAGAGUAUGUAUGAGCGUAUUCUCACUGGUCCUGUUGUGAGAGAGGAAGUCAGCAGGCGGGGGCGACGGCCUAAAAGUGGAAUUGCCAAGGCCACGGCGGCGGCAGCAGCGGCAACUGCCACCAGCGUGUCAGGCAGUCCUUUGUUAGCCAACGGAUUACUUCCAGGUGUGGAUCUCACGACCCUUCAGGCCUUACAACAAAACCUACAAAACUUGCAGUCCCUGCAGGUCACCGCAGGGCUGAUGGGAAUGCCUGCUGGCCUUUCUUCUGGAGGAGAAGCUAAAAACGUGGCCGCCAUGUUCCCCAUGCUGCUGUCAGGAAUGACUGGCCUACCAAAUCUGCUGGGCAUGGGAGGACUCCUGACAAAGCCUACCGAAUCUGCAACCGAAGAGAAAAAGGGAAAUGACUCGAAGGAGCUAGAAGGAAAAAAAGAAAGGACAGAGAGUCGUAAUUCAGAGAACGGGGGAGAAAACUCCGUGUCGAGUUCUCCUUCCACGUCCUCCACUGCUGCAUUAAGUACAGCUGCAGCUGCCAGCCCAUUAGCUCUUAACCCACUACUGCUCUCUAAUAUACUCUAUCCAGGGAUGCUGCUCACUCCAGGCCUUAAUCUCCAUAUGCCAACUUUGUCCCAGUCCAAUACUUUUGACGUACAGAAAAACAAAAACAGUGACUUAGGCUCGUCUAAGUCCCAGGAAGUAAAGGAGGAAGAUUCCAGAGUUAGAGAUCAGGAAGACAAAGGGGGAACUGAAGCAAGUCCUCUCAAUGAGAACAGCACAGAUGAGGGUUCAGAGAAAGCCGAUGCUUCGUCUGGAUCUGACAGUACGUCAUCGUCGUCUGAGGAUUCAGAUUCUAGUAACGAAGACUGACUCCCAGACUGCACUUAAAUUAUGAACUGAUUUUGGAUUUUUUUUUCUUUAAUUAUGAAUUGUAAAUACCCCAGUGUUGAGUGCAUCAAUAACUUACUGACCGAACAUUUCAGUUAUUUGUUUAGAAGUGCAAACUGCUUUCAGAGACGUUUUGCAUGUAAUAUUUCUUAAGAUCCAUAAGUUUCUGAACUCGUAUGUACUAUCAAAUACAUAAAGGUGUAAAAUUACAACAAAAAGGCAUUAUAAUUUUGUUGGGGGUUAAUUUUAUGAAAAUUAUGCUCAAUAAGAGUUGUAUAUUUAAUAUAUUUGCAGUGAACACAGAAUACUUUAUGCAUAUUACUGAUUUAAUUUGAAUAUAGUUUUACAGCCUCCUUGACACCUAUAAUUUACAGAUCAAAACUCAGCAAUAAUUUGGGCAGCUAAUGAAUGUCAUGAAAGCUGUAGAAUCUACAUCACCAUCCAUUGCUUUAAUUACAUGAAAAUGCUCUAGUGUCGUGAUGCACUGCUGACGUUUCCAAUUCAGGUACAAGUGUGUUUUAAAGAAGAAAUAAGUUUCCCAAUCAGCCAAUUUAACUGGCUACCUGUUACCUCAGCUGAGUUAGUUUAGGAAGUUUACAUUCGUUUCUAAUUCUAUACUUGUUUUCAGGGGUUUUUUAAACACAUCCUAUAUAUCAUGUUAAUCUGGCAAGAAAUAUGACUUGCUUUUUGCUGAGCUUAACUCUGAUAUCAGUAAAAUUAAGUCAUAAAAGAAUCCUGUGUCAUGGGACUUUGGCACCCUCUAGACAUACUUAGUUUUACUUUUUCAAAGUUUGGCCUCCUAUAAGAAAUCAUUAUGUCUCUGAUGAGUAAUGUCUGUUUCCAGGGUUCAGAAAAGGCAAACUCAUGAAAUACCACUGAGAAGAACUUUCCACACAGCAUACUUCAUGUAAAAGAAAUCGUUUGUUUGCUUUAUUUGUGUAGAUUUCUAUUUGUGUUUUAUGUCAUGGAAAUAUUCCAACAUUAACAGAUCAUAGUGAUAAAGUAAUAUGCAGAAUAGUCUAAAUUCUUUUUUUUUUUUUUUUUUUUUUUUAGUUUCUAGGUAUAAGCAGACUAAAUGUUGCCCAGAAUCAGUGUUGGGUUAUCAGUUUAUAUUAAAUAUACUGAGUUGGCCCAUUUUGAAUAUGCACUUUGAAUGAUCUCAAAAAAAUAUAUACAAGUUAUACCUGUAAACCACAAAAAUGAAGCCCAAGGCUUCUGAUCAAUUUCUUAGAACCCUUUAAUAUGUAAAAUUUGUCUGAUAUUUGAUUUGUGAUACAGUUUCUCCUGCUAAAGCUGCUACUAAUUCUGACAAGAUGGAGAGGUCCAGGAUCCCUGUCAUGUACAUUUAAAACAAUUAGAACUGAAUUGGACAUAAAAUACCAUUUACAUCCUAAGGAGAGAAAGAUGUUAGCAUUUUUCUGGUACUUGAAUAAAUCAGUGAUAAAAUUUGCGAGGGGCUAAAUUUAGGGGGGAAAAGUACCCCACUUCUCUCCCGCAGAAAAAAAUAACUUUUCAGUACGUUUUGAUAGAACUCUGUUGUUUUGUCAUGAAUCCAAUUAUAUUGGAUUCUCCCAGAUCUUUACCAGUAAAUUACGUUUCUGUAUGUAAGAUAACUAAUCCCUCAUUAGAGAGACAGUGUUACAUGUAUUUACAAAAUCAUGUAUGUUCCAUCGAGAUUGUAUUGAUUUUUGUAUUUUUCCCAAAAUAGUACUUUGAAUUGAUAGUUCUUUAUGCAAUGUCUUAGCAAUAGUCACUAUAAUGCCCAUCCAGGAGAAGUGGGUAGUAAUUCUUCAUCAUGAAAAUGAUAUAUUACAUAUUUAGUAUCUUCCCUUGGCAGUAUUGCACUUUUGUUGAACUAGAAUACACCUAUGAGAUAGCCAAAGUUUUUCAAACACAGUUAACUUAGUUUGCCGGUGGGGUAUUUCAACACCAUCCAUAUUUCCCUCUCUCCCACUAGUUCUACCCACAUAAUCUUCAUUCCUUUCUUUCCCCAAUUAAAAAAAAAAAGGGGGGGGGAAGCCCUAGAUCUUGUCACUAAAAAUCUAAUUUAUAUCAAAUUUAUGAGAUAAAGUAUUUUCCUAAUUAUGAUCAGAUGAAUUUGGUUAACAUCUUAGUGAUUCUCUUUCUAUGUAAUAAGGCAAUUGCAGUUUUCAAAGCAUUAAGGCUAAUACUAUAACGUCAAACUUUCUCUUGGGUUUCAAGACACUUCUAUUUAGUAUUGAUUGGGGAAAAGUUGUCCAGCUGUCAGCUUAAAAAAAAUGCAAAUAUGGUUGUGUAAAGUUAAGGGUUAUAAGGAAAAAAAAAAUCAGUAGAAUUACAUAAUACUAAAGUUGCAGUUGAAAGGAUAUCCAAGUAUGUGUUGGUAGUUACUAAAAGAAUUAUAGCUGUUAUUGCCUUGUAUUUAUAGCCCUUGUUUCAGGUUUCAUGAUUCAAGUCUUAGUCCAAUUUUUCUUUUGGACAUUUGCAAUAUUUACCAGUUGUGUUUUGUGUAGUCCGAAUUUGCUUUCUGUAGUUGAGCAAACGUCUUAAAAAAGUCAUUUGUAAUUUAUUAAAUUACUUUCUAUGAUGUUCUAUAGAGCAAAUGGAAGUUUAAUUAUUUUUUAUUAAACAUAUUCUUUGACUACCCAUGA